AUGGCGUCUGAUAAGAGCCCCCCUUUAGCUCUCUACUGGCGUUCUAAUACGUUAUUCAUCAUUGCGACUGUCGCGAUUGGACUUUUCACCGAUUUAUUCUUAUACGGAUUAGUGGUUCCCGUCUUACCCUUCAUGUUACGCGAUAGAUUAUCCAUACCCGAAGAUGAGAUACAAUCUUACGUCUCUAACCUUUUAGCCGCCUACGCAGGCGCUUCCGUCGUCACCUCCGUUCCGGCUGGAUGGAUCGCGGAUCGGACGAGUUCGCGCCAGGCCCCGUUUCUAAGCGGCCUGGCCGCAUUACUAGCAGCCACCAUUAUGCUAGCGUUGGGACAGAGUAUACCCGUGCUCUUCGCCGCCAGGGUCCUGCAAGGAAUCAGCGCGGCAGUCGUUUGGACCGUCGGCUUUGCCAUGAUCUUGGACACCGUCGGCCCGCAGAAUCUAGGGAAAGUCGUCGGUUCUAUAUUCUCCUUCAUCUCCGUAGGCGAACUGAUGGCACCGGUCAUCGGGGGCGUGCUUUAUGAGAAGACGGGAUAUUCGGGCGUUUUUGGCGUGGCCGCGGGUGUUCUGGGACUUGAUUUUCUCAUGCGACUCUUGGUGGUAGAGAAGAAGACGGCUGCCAAGUACAAUGUUGGCCAAGUACCAGAUUCUCAGAACGAGGAGCAAGAUUCGCAUGAAGACUAUGGAACAGCCCGAGGUGAAAACGUUGGAGACGCUAAUAAUCGUGAAGAUGCUACCGAGCACGAUGCCUUGUUGCGUAAUAAUAACCAUAAAGACAACGAAAUAUACAAGAUUCGACACGAACCUAACCGGAUCGUCCGAGCAUUUCCAAUACUGGUUUGCUUCCGGAGCCCUAGACUCCUUGUAGGGAUGGCCCUAGCAUUCGUCCAAGCUUCUCUUCUAGCCGUUUUUGAUGCCACCAUCCCGACAGAAGCGCAGAGCCUCUUCGAAUUCACCUCGCUACAGGCAGGACUUUUGUUUAUUGCUCUAGAUAUUCCUUAUCUUAUUCUAGGACCCGUAGCUGGGUGGGCAGUGGACCGAUAUGGCACCAAGUUAGCUGCCGUCGUUGGAUUCGGAUACUUAGUUCCCUCCCUUAUUCUGCUCCGACUCCCAUCGGACAACCUAUUAUCUGGAACAAGUAACGUUAUCCUAUACUGCGCUAUGCUAUCCCUUAAUGGCGUCGGCCUAGCCAUCAUAGGUUCGCCUGGUGUGGUCGAGGCUAGCGACGUUGUCGGGAAAUUUAAUCAGGCCAACCCAGGGUUCUUUGGUUCUAACGGUCCAUACGCUCAGCUGUAUGGCUUCAAUUCACUAUUCUUCUGCGCAGGGCUUACUAUCGGUCCUAUUGUCGCAGGAGCUCUUCGUGACGGCAUCGGAUAUGGCAAUAUGAAUCUUGUAUUUGCUGUUAUAUCAGCUGUUACAGCUGUUCUAUCCUUCUUUGUUAUUGGCGGGAAGCCUCGCUGGAAUAGUAUCCGUCAACUUUAA